AUGCAAAGGAUAAAUCUUUUUUUUGAAAUUUUAGCCGAAAUCGUGAAAAGGAUUGUUCAAUUCCUGACUAGAUACCAAGCACAGAUUCGAAAUUUGAAGAAGCAAGGAUUCAAAAUACUGGUUUACGCAAGAAAGUCAGAAGGAGGAGAUGAAGACCAUGAAACACAGAUCAAAUUAUUAAAUCUUAUGUGUCGACAGUUAAAAGAACGAUCGUUGGUCGACCACGUGUUCGUCUCUUAUAAUUCUCAGGCUAAUGAUCCAUUGGCAGAAUAA